GGUGUCUGUGAUGCAUGAUCUGCUUGAGUUCGACCUGGAUGCUCUCUCGGUUAGCAAUUGCUUGAUAAAUCAGCAAAGCAUCUACUUCACGGAUACUGAAGGGAGACGAGGCCAGCGGUUUUGAGGCAUCUGGAGAGAGUGCGGUCCUCGAACAGCUAAGAAAUAUGACAGGCGUUUCUUACUAUGGUCCUAGCGAAUAGGUAGUAAAAGAAACGAAUACUGAGCAGGAACUGGAGGAACAAGUGCUAGAGAUGACGAAAAGGGUGCUUGGCGUAAAGCACCCCUAUACGCUAAUCAGCAUGAACAACCUUGCUCGCAUGUGGAAAGAAACUGGCAGAGAAACUGAGGCUGUGAAUCUUAUAGAGGAGUGUGCGCAGCUGCAGAAGCGAAUCUUAGGACUUGAUAACCCAUAUAUCCUGCCAUCGUCCACAGCUUUAGCUAAGCGGCGGGCAGAGUGAGAAUGCUAGUAUG